UCAUUAUGUACUGGUAGCACUGUCCACUGUAACUAGAGGCAGCAUUGUCCAUAAGUAGCCCCAAACCCAACCCAACCAUUCCCCACUUCACUAACUACUCAUCUCUCUGUUUUCCGUAUCUCUCAUUUUUCUCUUCUUCUUUUCCACUCUCAAAAACAAAUUAAAUUAAUUCAAAUCCACAAAUGGGUACAAUGACCGUGUUGUACAUUGUGUCUCUAAUCAUGUCAUUAACAAUGUGGAUGAUGGUAGUAGAGGCUAGAAUCCCCGGUGUUUACAACGGCGGUUCAUGGCAAACCGCUCACGCCACUUUUUACGGCGGUUCUGAUGCUUCCGGCACCAUGGGUGGAGCAUGUGGUUAUGGAAACUUAUACAGUCAAGGUUAUGGAGUUAACACUGCAGCAUUAAGUACAGCACUUUUCAACAGUGGACUUAGCUGUGGUUCUUGCUUUGAAUUGAAAUGUGCAAAUGAUAAACAAUGGUGUCACUCUGGUAGUCCUUCCAUUUUCAUUACAGCUACUAAUUUCUGUCCUCCUAAUUUUGCUCAAGCUAGUGACAAUGGUGGUUGGUGUAACCCUCCUCGCCCUCAUUUCGACCUCGCCAUGCCUAUGUUCCUUAAAAUCGCUGAAUAUCGCGCCGGAAUCGUCCCUGUCGCCUAUCGCCGGGUGCCGUGUAGGAAGCGCGGUGGGAUCAGAUUCACAAUUAACGGAUUCCGUUACUUUAACUUAGUACUAAUCAGCAACGUCGCGGGUGCAGGUGAUAUCGUGCGCACUUAUGUUAAAGGCUCAAGAACAGGGUGGAUGCCAAUGAGCAGAAACUGGGGGCAAAAUUGGCAAUCAAAUUCUGUUUUAGUGGGUCAGUCUUUGUCCUUCAGAGUUACCGGUAGUGACCGUCGCACUUCCACUUCUUGGAACAUUGCCCCACAAAAUUGGCAAUUUGGUCAAACUUUUACCGGAAAGAAUUUUCGUGUUUGAUCACUAGAUUACCGGUCACCGGUCAUCGGUCAAAGUUCACAUUGUUAUUGUUACAGUAGUAUUUUAGUAAUUUUCAAUAUAUAAUGUGACAAAAAGUGUAGUACAAUGUUGUUUUGUUUUUUUUGUUUUUCCACCAAUUAUGUUUUUGGCGCUCAUUUUUACAGCUUUUUGACUGGAUGUUUUGGAGACUGUGACGGAUUAAGGGGAAAGGUUAUUAUAGAAAGGUGUGUCAAAGAGGGUAAUUAAGUGAGUGAGAGACUUUUGUGAGUUUUGUUUUUUUGUUGGUUUGUAUGAAAAAUUAAAAGAUUAGGGUAGAGUUGUAUUGGUGAGGGGAUUAAAAAAUGUGUAGGUUAUGCUGAAGUGGCUAAGGGGAAAAUGAAAAUGUAAGCCCGCGGCUAAUUAGAUUUUAAUUUAAGUAUACAAUUAUGAUUAUGAUUUAUGCAGCAUGCAUUAAUCUAUGUAACCAUGGAAGUGUGUUAGUUGUUACUUGUUUAACCUUAUGAAAGUUGAAAUUGAAAAAUUUGUUCUAUUUUUUCUUGCA